AUGUCGAAUUAUCUUGGCCGAAAACCGGAAUUUACUCCGGCGGUCUAUACACGUUAUUUUGAACAAAAGGAUACUCCAAAAUCUUCUGCUGGCCAUAUUUAUUUUAAUGAAGAUAAUGAAGAAACUUCGAAAAAUUAUCAAAUAAAACGAGAUCUUAUAUUUAAACGUUUAUUUCCAUCAAAAUAUGCUGAGUCAAAUAAUAAUACAUCUGAUACAGACGAGAUUCAUCCAAAUAGAACUAAUAAUUCUACAAAUGAACCAUUAGGUGAUUUUAUUUCACUUUCAAAUAAUGAUUUUUCAACAUUAGAAAAACUACCAUCAUCACCAUUACGAGGACCAGCUCUUAUUCUCACAAGUUCUGAUGAAGAUGAAGAAGAGUCACCAGCAAAGCAAUUACCAACAAUUGCACAUGAAACAAUUAUUGGACAUGUUCAUCCUCGAAAAACUAUUGAAAAUGUUCGAGCUAUUUUAAUACGUGAAUUAUAUGAACGAACAAGUGAUCCACAUACAGAAUGGCUUAAAUGUAAAAUGGAAAUAUCAAGAGAUUAUAUUAAUCCAAAAUAUUAUGCUGAUUUUCAACGACGUUAUAAAAAAGAUAUGAAGAGAACCACAGCGAAAAAAAUAAAAUCUACUUUUAUUCAAAAUAAUACUGAUAAUGGUUAUAGUGUUUAUGAUGUAACUAAAAUUAAUGAAACUAAAACUACUAAAUUAAAGAAUGACGAUAUUAUCGAAACAUCAACAACUACCAAACGAAAAAAACUGAUGCCUCCAUCUUCACCAAUUGUUAUUUCGAAUGACUCAUCUAAUCAAUCGAAAUCUCCACCAGAAUAUAUUGUUCUCGAUAGUAGUGAUGAAGAUGAUAAUCCCAAUCAAGAUUCUAAUUCAACAUAUUUUAUUGAUCGUUCAUCAACUUCAUAUAAUGUGCCUUCAGAACCAACAGAAACAUUUACUGAAGAUUAUAACACAGAAGAUUCUAAAUAUGCUCAAUUACCUUCACGUUCUAAAUCAUUUCUAUCAAUAUCUCGUCCUAUUAUAAGUAAACAUCAAAAACGUAAAAAAAAUAUUUCAAAAAAUCCAUCCAAACCACUUGUUUCUGCUAUCGAUCGAAUAAUUGAUCAUAUGGAUAAUUUAGAUACAUUAAGUAAUUCAACUAAAAAAGAACAGCAAAAUUUGCUUCUUAAACAAAUUAAAAAACGAAAAAAGAAGAAGAAGAAACAAGUUCUUAGUAAAUAA